UGCGGCGGCGCGGUCAGACAGCGCGGUGUUGGAGUGUGCUGGGGAUCUGGGAAGGUGCGAUCCAAGCCUCGUUUUCUGGCCGAGUUUCGGUUUCAGGCCUCGGCUGUCGGUUCGGUGCUGGGCCUCGCUGCGGAGAGCGGAUCGGGCGCCGUGUCUCGGUGCUGCUGCCGGCUGUCGCCAUGUUACUCACCGUAUACUGUGUGCGGCGCGACCUGAGUGAGAUCACCUUCACCCUGCAGGUGGACGGCAGCCUGGAGCUGGAGACCUUCCGGGCGCUCUGUGAAAUGGAGAGUAACGUUCCCGCUGCCGAGAGCCAGAUAAUCUUUGCAGAGAGGCCGUUAACAGAUGAUCAUCUGACACUGAAAGCGUAUGGACUGAAAGAUGGUGAUGUACUGGUGUUGCGACAGUUGGACAGACCACCAGUACAGUCUAGUCUACCGCUCCCAGGUGUAACAGGACUUCCCAGGAUUGAUUUCAGUGGCAUCUCAGUGCCUAGAUCACUGGGGGUCAGAAAUCCAGGGUCCGGAGCAACUAACCAGCACCAACCAGUGCCAACUCCCAGUACCUCUACUGUAUCUGCUCCCUCCAUGACACCUUCACACAGUUUGGAAAAUAAUCCAGCGUUACUCCGGGACAUGCUUUUGGCCAAUCCACAUGAGCUGUCACUGUUGAAGGAGAGGAAUCCCCCAUUGGCUGAGGCUCUUCUUAGUGGAGAUGUUGAUAAGUUUACAAGAGUGCUUCGAGAGCAGCAGUUGGAACGCGCCCGCCGUGAACAGGAGAGAAUCCGACUUCUGAAUGCUGAUCCCUUUGAUCUGGAGGCACAGGCUAAAAUUGAGGAAGACAUCAGGCAGCAGAACAUUGAGGAGAACAUGACAAUUGCAAUGGAAGAAUCGCCAGAGAGCUUUGGUCAGGUGGUAAUGCUCUACAUCAAUUGUAAGGUUAAUGGGAAUCCAGUUAAGGCAUUUGUAGAUUCAGGAGCACAGAUGACGAUCAUGAGCCAGGCAUGUGCGGAGAGAUGCAACAUCAUGCGCUUGGCUGACAGGCGGUGGGCAGGGAUCGCUAAAGGUGUUGGAACACAAAAAAUUAUUGGCAGGGUCCACUUAGCCCAGAUUCAGAUUGAAGGUGACUUUCUCCCUUGCUCCUUCUCCCUCCUGGAAGAUCAGCCAAUGGAUAUGUUGCUUGGACUCGACAUGCUCAAAAGGCAUCAGUGUUCAAUUGAUCUGAAGCGCAAUGUACUGGUUAUAGGCACCACAGGCACAGAGACACGCUUCUUAUCUGAAGCAGAGCUGCCAGACUGUGCCAGGUUGGCAUACGGUAUGCCACGAGAUGAUCUCCGCCCUGAGGAAUUAGCAGAUCAAGAGCUGGCUGAAGCACUACACAGAUCAGCAGAGGAAUCUGGAAACGAAAAUGGCAAAACUACCUCAUUGGAGAGCCCUUCAUUACCAGCACCUCAUCAUCUACAUCUUCCUCUUCCUAUUACAAGAAGUGACCUAUCAGAACUUCCCCAACCCCAAAAUCAGUUGGACCGCUCUUUAUCAGUUCCCGCUAGCCUUCCCUCACAAAACCAGAAGAAACUUGAAUUUUCAGAUGCAAAAAGCUUUCAGAUCCCUGAGCGCAUGGAAACCGAGGCAGAAAACCAGAAGCCUUUACAAUCAUUAGAUAAUCUGUUGACUUCUCUGUCUCCAGAUAGUCUGUCUGCUUCUUCUCAGGCAUCAUUAGGAGAAAAGCACAUACCCCAACACAAAAACAUUUAUUGUAGUCCACAGAACAGUCUGAAGCAUCCAAGUUCAGAUGCUGGCAAUGAAUUUCUGCCAAAACGUGUAUUGACAGACAUGAGUUCACAGAAAACUGGCAUGGAAAUGUAUGAUGCACAGGAAGACCAAAGUGAAAGAACAAAAACUCAGCUGGAAAACCUAAACAAAGAAAGAAUGGAUUUGGAGGAGCCACUAGUAAGAAAAACUGUAGAGUGUUCUCAAUCAGUACAAUCAAAUACUGAUUCUAUGUUUGAUAUGAUUGUGGAUAACACAUCAACCCAAGUACCCUCAACUAAUGGCUCCCCUAGUAGUAACGAAGUGCAGCAGCCCAGUGAAAUUGGAAAGGGAAUUGAUGAUCCAGAUACCAAUCUGCAGCACAUCACUGUACCAUCUGAAAUAGACGUCAGAACAGAUGAUCCGUGUAGUUGUCAGAAGAAAACUGAGAUUGGUGGAAGACCAUUAAAUGAUGCUUUAAUUGGGAACAAUGAGAUUUGUGAUGCUGGAAUGAUGUGCUGCACAGAGCAGCAGGUAGAGAAUGUGGCAUCAACAAAUUCAAACAUCCACAACCAGGAGGAGAAAGCCCUUAUUUCUGAAAAGGAACUUGAGAAAAACUGUCCAAACUCCUGUCCACUUGAGGUGGAUAUACCUGUUGAGUUUACAAAUGAUGACACGGAAGAACAGUCUGAAGUUGUUUUUGAUGUUGGUAAAAAGCAAGAAGAGAUACAUUUGUGUACUGAGAUUAAAAUGUCUUCCGAUCAGCAGCAUCAGACUUCAGAAUCCAGUCAGUAUGAUUCACACCUAUCCCCUGUGGCCACUUUAUUCGAAUUGCAUCGUGAAUUAGUUUCUUCUUGUCAGGAAACUUCCUUGCAGGUGUCAGCCAAAUUAGACGAUCAUAAUCAGCCAGUCACAACAAAUCAGGAAGAACACUUUCAGCAAAUGGAGGUCUGUAAUGAGUGCUUAGAGAAUGAUGCCUUAAAUGAGCUAUGUCUUAACGCAGAACUGAUACCUGAAAUGGAAAAGGAGCCAGAGUUGGCAGCUGAAUCUGAAACUUCUAACAGAGACAUACCCAUCCACAUGACACAUGAUGAAUCUGAGGAAAUUUUGAUACAGGAAACAAAGGACAUGGAUGGGGAUUUCAUUCUUGUGUCGAAACAUUUACCUAAUGAAAUGGAGGUUUCCCCAAGUGACAAAUUGUUGGAGGCCCAAGAAUUAUCACUACACAAUAUCAAAUAUGCAUCUGACACUGCAGUAGUUAAAAGUAGUCAGACAUCUCAAAGUACUGAGACGCAUUUGGUAACACAUAACGUAGGUAGUUGUGCAGAGGUUUCAGGUGCUUCAGUGAUGUGUGAAGAGACUGUGGAAGCCACCAUGGAUCAACCUGAAAGGCAUUCUCUGGAUAGUCCUGCUGAACUAUGCUCUUCAGAUUUGUCAAACCAGCUUUUCCCAGCAGCGAACAUCGAACGAAUAAGAACAUCAGGAUUUAGUCAGCAGGAAGCAGUGGAAGCUCUUGAACGUUGUCAUGGAAACACAGAUUUGGCUCUUCUGGUUCUUCUCGCAAGAGGAAUUGUGGUUCCUACGUGAAGUAGUUCAGUAUAUAACAGUUGCACAAUAAUAAACUGGUACUGUUUAGACAUCUGGGCUGACAAAUGUGUGCAUCUUUAAUUGAAAGAAAGGAAGUUUAAAUCAGAGUUCACUUUUUUAGUAUUGUGUAACUGGUUUUAACAAUUGAUUAUCAUCACAUACAGCAAACUUGUUACAUUACGGCAGCAUUUUCUGUGCCAUCCUGAAGUUAUUAAUCCACUCCAGCAUAUCCACAGGUACCCAUAAACCCAAACAACACACCUAUUUAAAUAUUGUACCUAAUGCUACUUAGAAUUAAAAAUGCCUAUGAUAUUUUUCACUGAAUAUUCUCAAAGAUGGUUUGCAACAGCAAGACAAAGGACAUAAGCGGUGGGCUUAAAUUCUUGGGAGAUGAUAUAUGCACAAGAUUCAUGGUGGAAUCAUGUUAGAUUUUAAACUAUGUGCAAGGUCAGAAAAUGCCUACAUAAGAUUUGAGUUUUGGUGUUUGAUUUAAGUAUAGGGAGAAGUGAAAAAAUUCUAUCAUGUUUCCUCCAUAGAAGUUCAAUGUACUUUGCCUUCUGAGUACAGAGUUUUUUAGAAUUCUUUUACUCUUUUAUAGCCUUUAUCAAAUCUGAGUCAGCAACACCACCUUUGCUGGACAUUGGUCUUGUGUAACUGAGGCAUAUUCAGUAUUCACACUUGGCUAAAGUUAUAUUUUGGAUUUUUUUGUUAGGCGCCACUAGUGAUGUUGCUGUAAUCUUCAAUGGGUGCUUAUUGCAAUCUCUAAUCUUUUUUUUAAACCAAAUAAAAAAAAUUAUUGCCAACAAUAUUGGUUUGUUUGUGCUGAUGAUCAUACUUAUGAAGAUAUGUGAUAAAGGCUCGAAAUUUGAACUGUUCCUGUUUCUUACCUCUGAUAGCUGAUUUCAGCUAAAGUGCCAAUACUAGUCGUUAAGCCAUUAGGAACAGUGCAAGAAGACGAUCUUUAUUCCAUGCUGGGCAUGUACAGUAAAUGUCUGAAGCUGUUCAG